AUGGACAUGCAGGUGUCAGCUGACAAUCUCACAACAUAUUUAUUUGAGGUAAUCCUGUCACACCUGGCCUUAACCUGUGCUUCACUUCUGGCCACUCUCGCUGUCAUCCGAUGGUACAUCAGAGAUUCCUACAAGGUUGAUGGCUCCAACCAGAAGCAUGUGUUCAUCACAGGCUGUGACAGCGGCUUUGGGAAUCUGCUGGCCAAGCAGCUGGAUGGAAAAGGCUUCCACGUCAUAGCUGCAUGUCUCACAGAGAAAGGUGCAACAGAUUUGGCAGCAGCAGCCUCCUCCAGACUGAAGACUCUCCCGCUGGAUGUUACAGACAGCGGGAGCAUCAGGAGGGCAGUGGAGUUUGUGAGCAAAGAGGUCGGAGAUGGAGGUCUGUGGGGUCUGGUGAACAAUGCCGGCAGGUCCAUACCCAUGGGUCCAACAGAAUGGAUGCAGUUAGAAGAUUUCUCUAAGGUUCUGGAUGUGAAUCUGAUCGGCCUCAUUGAUGUGACGCUCCAGUUUCUGCCCCUGCUGAAAAAGGCCCGGGGCAGGGUGGUCAAUGUGGCCAGUGUUAUGGGCAGAGUUACUCUCAUUGGUGGAGGAUACUGCCUGUCCAAAUGGGGAGUGGAAGCCUUCUCCGAUGGCCUCAGGAGGGACAUGCUGCCCUUUGGUAUCAAAGUGAGUAUUAUCGAGCCUGGUUUCUUCAAGACAGGUGCAAGCAGGCCGGAUGUUGUUGAAGCUGACCUGAGGAGACUGUGGACCCGCCUCCCUCAAGAUGUCAAAGACUCCUAUGGACACACAUUCUUGGAUGACUAUCUGAAAACUCAGGACUUUUCCUUGGGCAUUCUGUGCAGUCCAGAUCUCUCCAAGGUGACCAGGUGUAUGGAGCACGCGCUGACAGCUCACUUCCCACGCACACGUUACAGUGCAGGCUGGGAUGCCAAGUUUUUUUGGAUUCCUUUGUCCUACUUCCCUUCAUUUGUGUCAGACUUUGUUAUCAGUGCGCUUCUUCCUUCACCUAAGGCUGAAAGACAUCAGCUAAGCUAA